CUCCGUUUAUGUUAUGUCCAUCGUCCGAACAAGGGAGGUGUUUAUGCAGUUUAAUCAACGAAAAGUUGUCCAUUUUACAAUUAUUGAAUGAAACGUAUUACUCCCGUGAUUUAGCGAGACAGUUUAUACAAUCAUCUGUAUAAAAAGAUAAACGGAAGAUCUGAAUGUAACAUUAUUAUAAACACAAACGUUACUUGAUGUUUCCAUGCAGUUCUUUGUUCAGUCUGAGGGAUAAUGUCAAAUACGAUAAGUGGUAAAAACUUGUUACGACCUACCGGAUUGCAAUGUAAAAAUCUUCAGGAGUAUCUGAAGUCACGUCCUCCAGAAAUACUGAACAAGUUGUACCACAAUCCUCCGAUUUGUUUGGCGGUGUUCCGCGAACUGCCAGUAAUAGCAAAACAUUAUGUUAUGCGAUUGUUGUUCGUCGAACAAUCGGUACCUCAGGCCGUUAUUGCUUCCUGGUGUUCCAAGCUUCAUUUCGAGGAACACCAAAAAGUAGUUGCCAUAUUAAACGAGUUGAAUGUGUGGAAGGAAGCGUCGAUACCAGGUGGAUUACCUGGAUGGAUUCUAAACACUACGUUCAAAAAGAAUUUGAAAAUAGUCCUUCUGGGUGGCGGAAAACCAUGGACGAUGUCAAAUCAAUUAGAAACCGAUAGCAAACCUAGGGAUGUGGCAUUCUUAGACUCGUAUGCUUUAGAAAGAUGGGAAUGCGUUUUACAUUACAUGGUUGGCUCACAGCAGCAAGAAGGCAUAUCUGCUGAUGCUGUUAGAAUUCUUUUGCAUGCUGGGUUAAUGAAAAGAGAUGAAGCUGAUGGAAGCCCAGUUAUUACUCAAGCAGGUUUUCAGUUUCUUUUAUUGGAAACUGCAGCACAGGUAUGGUAUUUUAUUUUACAAUACCUGGAUACAAUAGAAGCAAGGGGUCUUGAUUUGGUUGAGUGCCUUACUUUCUUGUUUCAACUUAAUUUUUCAACCCUUGGUAAAGACUAUAGUACCGAAGGAAUGUCUGAGGGUCUCUUAACGUUUUUACAACAUUUAAGAGAAUUUGGUCUCGUCUAUCAACGAAAACGAAAAGCUGGAAGGUUUUAUCCAACGAGAUUAGCACUCAAUAUUGCGACUGGACAAAACAAACCUUUGUCCAGGGAUCCACAAAAGGAAGGUUACAUCGUUGUUGAAACAAAUUACAGAGUGUAUGCUUACACUAAUUCGAAUUUACAAGUCGCCUUACUUGGUCUUUUCUGUGAAAUGUUAUAUAGGUUUCCAAACUUAGUUGUGUCGAUAUUGACAAGAGACUCUGUACGGCAAGCUCUAAAAAGUGGGAUCACAGCUGCUCAAAUUAUAGGUUAUUUGCAGCAACAUGCUCACAGUAAAAUGAUAGAGGCAGGUCCUCCAGUUUUACCUCCUACCAUAGUUGACCAAAUUAAAUUAUGGGAGAACGAGAGGAACAGGUUUAUAUUCAGCGAAGGGGUUUUGUACAGCCAGUUCCUUUCUCAAGCUGACUUCGAAGUCCUCCGGAAUCAUGCUCUUUCCACUGGAGUAUUAAUUUGGCAAAGUGACAGAAAGCGAACUAUGGUGGUUACGAAAGCUGGCCACGAUGAUGUAAAAAAGUUUUGGAAACGAUAUUCGAAAAGUUCCAGCUAGUUAGAGUAAUUAUAGUAAAAUUUGGUGUACAACUGUAAUGUAUUUUUUUCAAUUUCCAUAUCUGUAAGAUAAUAUGAAAUAAAACUACGGAAAAGACAA